AAAAACAAGGACAACAUUGCGACGUGGCCAUUUUGACCAAUAAUAAUAAUGGUUAUGUUGCUGCACUCGAAGCGACCACUCCCGCCAUCAGCAGCAAAUCCCACGAGAACGCGGCGGAAAGUGCCGCCCACGAGACGGAGGCGGUCCGGAUGGGCGUGGUCGUCUCUGCUGGUUCUGGUGGUCCUGGAUAUAGUCGUAUCCAGAUGCACGGCGGCCGGCAUUAGUUACAGCAGCAACAGCGGCAACCUGAGCACAUCGCAGAAGAGUCCCUCUUCGGUGAAUAAUGGCGGACUCGUGCUGAUCGGCUCCAGCAGCGCCACUUCCAGUUCCGUGCCCUCAUUAUCCCUCACUUCAUCCUCGUCGGCGGGCUCGUCCUCGUCCGCCCCGAGCAGCUCGUCUGCUACGAGUAGCAGCGGAUCCAGUGGCAACCGCAGUGGAAGACCCACCGGCAGCAGCAGCAACUCGAACUCGAACUCCAACCCGAAUCACGAUCAAUUACCCGCCCAGCUAUCGUCGCGGAUUAUCCACACACGCAACGGCGCCAUAUCGGGCGUAAUUGUCCAAUUAGAUGGCAGGCACUUGGAUCCGGUCGAGGCGUACCGGGGAAUCCCCUACGCCUCGCCGCCGGUCGGCAAUUUGCGGUUCAUGCCGCCCGUCUCGGCGGCCAUGUGGUCAGGUGUCAAGAAGGCGGACAGAUUCAGCCCGGUUUGCCCGCAGAGAUUGCCGGACAUCCACAACGAGACGGCGGCCCUGGAACGAAUGCCCAAGGGCAGACUGGAGUAUCUGAAGCGAUUGCUGCCCUAUCUGCAGAAUCAAUCAGAGGACUGCCUCUAUCUAAAUAUUUAUGUGCCCAUACAAGUUGGAUCGCGUGACUCCUCGGGCAGUUCCUCUUCUUCUGGCUCCUCAUCCUCCUCCUCAUCGGGAAGUGGUGGCUCCAGCUCAUCCUCCUCGUCGUCCUCAUCAUCCUCCUCGUCGGCUGGAAGCGGAGGUCCUGCCAAGUAUCCUGUGCUGGUCUUUGUGCACGGCGAGUCGUAUGAGUGGAACAGCGGCAAUCCCUACGACGGAUCGGUGUUGGCCAGCUACGGACAAAUAUUGGUGGUAACCAUAAAUUAUCGCCUCGGAGUGCUGGGCUUUCUGAAUGCCAACACGGACCGCUACUCGAAGCUGCCGGCCAAUUACGGCCUGAUGGACAUCAUUGCGGCGCUGCACUGGCUCAAGGAGAACAUCGCGGCCUUCGGCGGGGAUCCCAACAGCAUCACCCUCGCAGGACACGGAACGGGGGCGGCCUGCGUCCACUUCCUCAUCUCGUCGAUGGCCGUGCCGGAGGGCCUGCUCUUUAAUAGAGCCAUCUUGAUGUCGGGCUCUGGCCUGGCGCCCUGGUCACUGGUCAGCAAUCCGGCCAAGUACGCGGCCAUUGUGGCCCACCACGUGAACUGCGCCUCCGACCUCCCGCACGCCCACCUCAUGAAGUGCCUGCGCGAGAAGACCCUGGACCAGCUGCUCAGCGUGCCCAUCCGCCCGCCGGAGUUCGGCUUCGCCUUUGGGCCCAGCAUCGACGGGGUGGUCAUCGACGGCGGGGACUACGUGCCGCCCGCCCCCGGAUCACCGGCGGCUCAGGCCCAGGCUCAGGCAUCGACGGCCGCCGGGAACGGACUGGGCGGAGAGGCGGGAAUCGCGGCUGCCGGCGGCUGGGGGACGCCCGGCCAGCUCGAGAAUAUCGUAUUAAUGAGAAAAACUGCCAUUAACAAGUUGUCAAGAUACGACCUGAUGGCCGGCGUGACACGUGCCGAGGCCUUUUUCAGCUUCAAUUCGGGCGACGUGCAAUAUGGAAUCGAGGCGGAUCGACGGUCGAGAAUUUUAAAGGCCUACGUACGCAACACGUACACGUUCCAUUUGAACGAGAUAUUCGCCACGAUUGUCAAUGAGUAUACGGAUUGGGAGAGACCCGUGCAGCAUCCAAUUAAUAUCCGCGACGAGACGCUGGAGGCGCUGAGCGAUGCUCAGGUCGUAGCUCCGGCGGCUCAAACGGUGGAUUUGCACUCGGCGGAUCAUCGAAACUCCUACUUGUACGUUUUCGACUACCAGACCCGAUUCGGCGAUUAUCCUCAGCGCCAGGGUUGCAUUCACGGCGAGGACCUGCCCUAUAUCUUCGGUGCCCCACUCGUUGGUGGUUUCAAUCACUUCACGCGCAACUACACGAAAACCGAAAUCAGUCUGUCGGAAGUUGUGAUGUUCUACUGGUCCAACUUUGUGCGAACCGGCAAUCCAAAUGAGCAAAUGGAAACGGAGCACGGCAGUCGUCAGGAGCGGAGUCGCUAUAAAACCAUUGAGUGGACGGCCUACGAAAGUGUUCACAAGAAAUACCUCAAUUUCGAUACCAAGCCAAAGCUGAAGAAUCACUACAGAGCACACCGCCUGUCCUUCUGGCUGAACCUAAUCCCGGAUCUGCAUAAGCCAGGUGGCGAUAAUGUGCCCGCUGCCCACCACCAGCUGCACGAUGACGACGACGAGGACAACAAUAUACCCAGCGAUGCCUCCGUGAAGCCCCUUAAUCCGCCGUACACUUCACGGGCUGCCAAUGCAGCGGCCAUGGGGAACUUUACGAUUUUCACCAACCAGGUGUUCUCCCUGCUCAAUCUCAGUUCGCCGUCCUCGUCGCUGCAGCGGAACGGCACUCGCUACGGGGGCGGUAAGAUAUAUCCGGACGAUAUGAUGGACGGCGAUCACGGGGGCGGGGCGGCCAGUGCCUCGCAGGACAAUGACGGCUUCGCUGCCUACUCCACGGCACUGAGUGUGACGAUAGCCAUAGGCUGCUCGCUGUUGAUCCUGAAUGUGCUGAUCUUCGCGGGAGUCUACUACCAAAGGGACAAGACCCGGCUGAGUGAGCCCAGGCCACAGACCAAGCUGAAGAGGCAGGAGAACGGACAGAUGCCGAACAACAUUUGCGGGGACCUGGAGACGCUGACUAUCCACGCGAAGAGCGACCCGGCCACCAUACUGUCGCACCACCAUGCCAUGCAGCACCACCAGCUGCCACCGCCGGAAUUCGCCGACAUACCCCACCGGGCGCCGCCGCCGCCGAAACACAUGAAGUCCCUGCAGGAUCCGGGGGGCGGGGGCUCGGUCAGCGGUGCGGUGGGCGUUUCCGGGGUGGUGCAAAUGCCGCCGCCACACGCCCUCCAAGUGAUGGGCAAUCAAUGCGGCACACUGACCAAAAAGAGCUGCAUGAAGCAAACGCAGGCCCAGGCCCAGCAGCACUCGCCUGCCCAGCAGCAGCAACAGCAGCAGCAACAUGUGGUCACCCAUCAGCAACACUUGCAGAAUCAUCAUAAUCAAAGCAUGACCACUGUGCUGACCACGGCCGGUGGAUUGGUGGUGCCCACGCCACCCACUGUGCCGGUGAUUGUGGCCACCACCACGCAGCACCAGCAGCAGCAACACCAGCAGCAGCAGCAACACCAGCAGCAACAGCAACAGCAGCAGCAACAUCCACUGAUGGACGAGCUGCGUGUGUGACAUUAAUUGACCGUGCGUUUUAAAUGUGAUCUCUAAACGCACCGCGUCCUUAGUCCCCAAUCCCCUUCCCUAUGCGUUUCAGCUGUCUCUCGAUAUAAACUACAUGGGCCACGGGGCCAGUAAGUGUGUGUCGGGAGCCAAAAACUGUGUCUAUCCAAUACACACAGAUGCUCCUCCUUGCUAAACUCUGUUGCUAGUUGGUUUUUAUCAAUUACACUGUAAAUAGUCAACUAAGUGUAGUUUGUUGUCAAACUCAUUAUCAAGGAAAGCUAUCUUGGAAUUUUCAGUAAGGCUACAAAGUGUUCAACAAAAUGUUUUAAUUCUAUAUGUUUUUCGAAUUAACAAUUAGAACGACUUGUAGGACACUUUUAUAAUAAUGAUUUCUGAUUUAGAAAUGUAUUUAUUGCCAAUUCUAUAAUUUAUAUAAAAUUUAUGGAAGUGCAUAUAAUUAUGUUGGUCAUUAGACUUUAAUUUCUGGACUAUAUUUUAAGUAUUACAAAUUACUCUUUUGUAUACUUCUUAGAUCAGACUUUUCAUUCACCCUUUUUAAAUAUAUUUCUGCAUUUCGCAACUAAUUAGGACCAAUAAAACUAUGCGAUUCCAAGUUACGGACAAGUUUCCAUCUCUUCCUUCUGUUGGCGUUAGUAUAAAAACAUUACGGUAGAAUAAAAUAUAGGAAAAACUAAGAGAAUUCUGAAUGCGUAAAAACAAAAAAGAACAUGAAUGUUAUUCUUCCAAAGACUGAAUUAUAAUUGUGUAUUGUGUGUAAAUAAAACUAGUUGCAGAAUUAAAAGUACUAUGCUCCAUGUACAACAAAAAACUCCCACAUAUAUAUUAAAUUUCAAAGGAAUAAAUAUGAGAAUACAGUUUUUAGCCAAACAAAAAACCAAGAGAAUUAGGAAGGAGUCCAAGAAAAAUGGCAGCCAUAAAAUCAAAUCAUGUACAGGUGCAGGAGAGCUGUUCGUUUAAGUUUUGGCAGAAGAUUUGUAAAAAAAAGUUGUACAACUACCCCAACAAAACAAUAGAAGCAACUUAAACUCAAGCUAAAAAUGAAACUAAACUUUGGUCAGACAGAGAACAAACAACACGAGAGCAAAAUUAAAUUAAACUGUUAAUUGUAAGCAUGCAGCUACUUUGUUAUGUAACUAAAUAAAUAUUUAUAUAGCUAUUAAAAUUAAAUGCGUAUAUAAGCCCACACAAAAUAAAAAACCAGUAAGCUCCUCUAUAUAGCUAUACAAAUUUCCAACUGCGAGAAUAGUUAAAAAUUCCAUUAGGAGUUAAGCGGGGCAAUUGAAAUGCACAGUGGAAGCAUACAAAUAAUCAUAAUUUUAUUUUUUUGUAUUCAGUUGUUUUUUUUUGUUCUGAAUUACAACUAUUUACAAACAAUUGCCCAAAAUUGUAAUUAAAAUGGAAAUGAUACGGGAGAAAAAAGAGGAAGGGAAAAUUAAGCAAUGGAACAGCUCAUUAAAGUGAAACAGCGCGAAAAUUGCAAACAAUUUACAGCGCUUAUUAAAAAUACUUGUAAAUUAUAUAAACACAUUUAGCGGCAGUAAAAACCAAAGUGGGAAGAAAGCUGUAAUAAAAAACAGAAACCAUUUACAGCCCAAUCGAGGAUGUAUAAGUCUAUAGCUUCUGUAUGCAUAUACAUACAUCUAUAAAAGUAAAACUAUAUAUUAAUGUAAUGGUGUAAACUUAGCAUAAUUAGCAAAAUAAUACAAAAAGUACAUAUAAAUAAUAUAUAGAGUGCUGCAUAACUGGCAAAACCAAAACGAUACAAUUAAAACUAAAACUCAUGAAAACUAUUGCGUUAGAAAAUGUGUAACGAUUGUGCGAAAGGUCUUAGCAUUAAUAAAUUCGGACUAAAUGGAAUAUAUUAAAAAUCGGUAAAAAGUAUAAAAAUAAAAACCCAAUGAAAGGAAAGAAUAAAAUUUGAUUUAAAGGUUUAUAGCCACAAAAACGGUGUGAAACAAGUUGCAGACACUUAAGAUGAAAUGAACAUUUAAAUAAUAAUAAAGUUGCAAAAAUUA